GAAUGGUGCCGCACACACUGGCGGUAGUACCCAGCCCACGCGAACAGGCGAUGCUGUCUCUGCAGCACAUUAAGUCUGUGUGCGAUGUCGUACGUUCCUCCGCAGAGCUGGUGGUGGGUGGGCUGUGCUAUGUGAGUGCUGUUUCUCAUGUUCCGUAUGCCAUGGACGCCCUCAGACGUUUGGGCAUGUCAUCGUGCUGUGUGGUGUACGCUGUGGUGGGAUGUCUGCCAAAGAAUGCUGACGUGGAGUGGGAUCUAGUUGCCAUGACAACCGAUGCGACCAAUG